AACCCUGUUACAGCGAUGCAAAUCCGGCAUUCAGUUAACGGCGCAACAGGUCCAGACAGAAAUCUGAAUCUUCAAAUCUCUGAAGCCCGAGUCGAGUGGAGUCGGCCAUCGCUUGACAAACGAUCGCUUACUUUCGCGCGGGAUCGCGAUUUAAGAAUAUUUCAAAAUAAUUCAACGUGCAUCGUAUUCUUCUCCCGUACAAUGCCGACCCCAGAGGAAAACGGAUCCGGUCGAUUGUCUAAAUUCAAGAACCACAACAAGCAUGAAGAUGUCAGAAGGAGGAGGAACGAGGUUUCGGUUGAGCUGCGCAAGGCUAGAAGAGAUGAUCAGUUAUUGAAACGUCGGAACAUCAGUGUUGGGUGUGAGCCCCAGAGCCCCCCAGGGGAGAAUGAGACAGCAGUUCCAAUCAACCUGAGUACUGAGGAAAUUAUUACUGGAAUGAAUUCCAGUGAUGAGCCUACUCAACUUCAGGCUACGCAGGCCUGUCGCAAGAUGUUGAGCAGAGAGAAAAAGCCUCCGAUUGAUACCCUGAUUCGCCAAGGCAUUGUUCCACGUUGCGUCGAAUUUCUUAGCCAUGAUCACAAUCCGGCUCUUCAAUUUGAGGCUGCCUGGGCUUUGACCAAUGUGGCUUCAGGUACAUCAGAGCAAACAAACGUAGUUAUUAAACAUGGCGCAAUCCCUCGUCUGACUGCCUUGCUCAAAUCCCCAUCCCCAAAUGUGGCUGAGCAGGCGGUUUGGGCAUUAGGAAACAUCGCUGGUGAUGGACAUGUCGCCCGUGAUCUGGUUUUAGCUCACAGAUCUCUCCCAUUGCUUCUGGAUCUAGUGAAGCCUGAUACUCCAGUAACAUUUGUUCGCAACAUUGUUUGGACAUUGUCGAAUUUAUGUCGCAACAAAAAUCCACCACCAGACUUCGAAAAUGUAAAAAUUUGUCUACCAGUGUUAAAUCGUCUCCUUAGCUAUUCAGACGACGAUAUACUGGCUGAUGCAUGUUGGGCUCUCUCUUAUCUUACCGAUGGCUCCAACGACAAGAUACAAGCUGUCGUCGAUUCUGGAGUUGUUCCAAAGCUAGUCGGACUGCUAGGCUCCUCUACAACAAGUGUGCUCACUCCUACGCUCAGAGCAGUUGGAAAUAUUGUCACAGGCAAUGACGUUCAGACAGAUGCGAUAAUUACAGCAGGAGGAUUGCAACACUUAGCUGUGUUGUUACAACACAAACGAAUGAACAUCAUGAAAGAAGCUGCGUGGACAAUCAGCAACAUCACUGCCGGAAACUCCGAUCAAAUUCAGCAUGUUAUUAAUGCUGGUCUUCUGCCUCCCCUCAUACAAGUUCUUCAAACCGGUGACUUCAAGUCUCAAAAAGAGGCUGCUUGGGCCGUAACAAACUUGACUUCAGGGGGCUCUAUACAGCAACUUGCCCAUCUCGUACAGCUUGGAGUCCUGAUGCCCUUCUGUGCGCUUUUGGAGGCCAAGGAUUGGAAGACUGUGCUUGUUGUUUUGGAUGGUUUGAAAAACAUCCUCAAUGCUGCUCAAAAAAUGGGCGAAGUCGAGCGUGUCGCCAUUUUGAUUGAAGAGGUUGGGGGUCUUGACAAACUGGAAAAUCUUCAACACCAUGAAAACGGACAAGUUUAUCAACAGGCCAUGGUUCUGAUUGAUACAUUCUUUUCGGAAGGGGAAUCCGAAGAGACAAAUAUUGCACCGGCAACAACAAAUGGGCAGUUAGAGUUUCAAGCCACAGACCUGAAUCAGCCGGGAGGUUUUCAAUUUUAAAGAGAUGUUCCUUUUUUUUUUUUAUAAAGAACCACUUUAUUCUACAUCCCCGAAACCACUUGAUAUUUGUAAAUAUUCACCAUCAUUUUCAGUAAUACACACGCACAAACAAUCCUAUUGAUAAUUCAUCAUUCAAACAUAUCGAGUACCGAGUCUUUGAAUCUCUACAUUGUUUUUAGCUUUUAUAGUCCGAGUCGAUGCCUCAAUUGAAAUAUGGGAAAUGAUUCCAACAUAGUGAAAAAAAUUGAACACACCUGUAAUUGAUAAGUAUAACUAGAAGGAAUAUUUUUUUUUUUUUAUUUUCAAUCUAAAUUUUCGAAGACUCGUGCCCUAUUUGAUGCAAGCGUUAAUUUAAGCGUAUUAUAUUUUCUGAACUGAAUAAUAUUUAGAACCUUGAUAUCUAAGAUCAUGUUUUACGAACCAUCAUAAGUAUGCUAUUUUAGUUUUAUGUAGAGAAAACAAAAUACUGUUCCAAAUUUGUCAUUUUUUUUUGUUCUCACAUUAUCUUAUAAAAUAAAAUUUUUGAUACGAAAUA